CUUGAGUGACUAUGUAGGGAUAAACUUUUGGAUAACCUGCAAGGCUGUAAGCAGAGGCCAAAGGUGAAGAGAAAAAAUGUAUGCCACAAGGCUACUUUCGGUCUUCAAGAACUCCCCCGAUGCCGGCCUCCAACCGCCACCCGAAGGUCCGAACUCAGGCUAUCUUGUUCUCCAGGAUGAAGGGCCGGAAAUAGCUGAGCCAACAUGCUGCUGGGGCUUGUGCAAAGAUACACGAGUCCGGGAUCUCCCGUUCCCCCAGAACAGGAUCCUCACCAUCGAAUACACACAGUCAAAUGGAGAGACCACAAGCACUUACACAGAAGUAGUUAUCUUCGUCCCGGUUAUGGAUCAACCACUCUCAUCAAAUCGCUACUACGUCAUCCUUGUUAAAGGAAAGCAUAAGGGGAAGGCGUUAACAUGCUCAAAAGAGGAGGACAAGACAACAUGCUGCUUCUGCCGAUGUGUAAAGGAUGUGAAACCGAAGCCUUUUGAUCAUAGGAACAUCUACCAACAAAUGGAGAUCGUGGGCAAGAAAGGUUCCUUCACUGCCAAGUCCGUAGCUUCUGAUGGGUACCCUCCCUGGUUGCUGAGAAGAAAGUAUUGGAAGGUCUAUGCUUCGAAGCCUAAUAAUUAUAGCUUAAGCGAGGCUUCUGGAAGGAACAAAUCCGUGCAUGCACGCCCGCCCGAAUUGCACUUCCCAAUAUCUGCCAUGAAUUCUCCUAAGAUGGCUGUCGGGAAAUGGUACAUUCCUUUUGUGUUUGUGAAGGAAAACGGGAGCUUCGAAGAACAAAUGAAGCUUUCUAUGUUUUACGAGAUGACUCUAGAGCAAUACUGGGAAGAGGCAUACACAUGCGAGAAUUCGUACGGCGAAAGGAAGGUUGUGGAAGUGAAUUCUGGUGUUCGGCCGGAAAUUGUUUUGUUGAAUGGUAAGGAAGCCAAGCAAGAUGUUGAACGGGGUGUUGAUGGAGUGCUGUGGUUUAAGCCUCUCGACUCCAUGGAAGAAGGGAUAGGGUUGAGUUCGGCGAUAUGGGAGAGGAUGAGAUGGGAGGAGAAUAGGGGAGGAUGGGUUGCUGGUGAAGAGAAGGUAGAGAGGGUGGAGGAAUAUGGAGGGGUGAAUGGGUGGAGGAAGUUUAGCUGUUAUGUGUUGGUGGAGAGAUUUGCUUUGAAGAGGAUGGAUGGGAGCUUGCCCUUAAUCUUUGAUUUCAGACACACCAACAAAAUUAGUACCAAGUGGGAGUGAGUCUUUUAUGAUCCCUUACAAUCCAGCCCUACUACCUGAGCAUUCCUGGUUCUUACUAUUAGAACUAUUUCUUCUUUGUUUUCUAUGCUAGGUAUUGUUUAAUAACAUGAACCGGUGGUCCAAAAUCCAGUGCAAUACGGUCUUUCAUUUGGUAUUUGGUGUUUCAGUUACAUGUAAAAAUGAUCUGGCUUGCUGCUUGUGUUAUUGGUGCUUGAAAGUGUAAUGGUAUACAGAUAGUGGUUUGAUCAAUAUUACCUGCUUCUAUUGCUU